CUUUGCUCGGUGGCGAAUAGCGCCGAGCUUUGCGCCAAUGGCCUGACUGGAAACACAGCUCGGGACUCAACAGCUUGUUGUUCGUGUAUCGCGUCGCAAGCCCGGGCGAAAGGGAAGCGAGACGCCUCGUUGAACCAUUCAACAAAGCUCCCGAGCUGGACUUUGUCAAAUAAGCACAAAAGAUGAAGGCAGCCGACGAGCCCGCCUACCUGACCGUGGGCACCGACGUGAGCGCCAAGUACCGAGGGGCCUUCUGCGAGGCCAAGAUCAAGAUUGUGAAGAGGCUGGUGAAGGUCAAGGUGACUCUGAAAGGGGGGAGCGCCAGCCAGGUGGUCCACGACGAUCAGGUCAAAGGCCCCCUCAGGGUGGGCUCGACGGUGGAGGUGAAGACAAACGAAGGCGUGUACAGCGAGGCCGUCAUCAGCAAGCUGACGGACGCCAGCCUCUACACCGUCGUUUUUGACGACGGAGACGAGAAGACGCUGCGGCGGUCGUCUCUGUGCCUGAAAGGCGAGCGGCACUUUGCAGAGAGCGAGACGCUGGACCAGCUUCCCCUGACCAACCCGGAACACUUUGGCACCCCGGUCAUCGGAAAGAAGUCCAAUCGCGGACGUCGCUCUUCGCAGGCCGUGGCGGACGACGAGAACGAGUCGUCGUCCAGCGAGGACGACGAGGAAGACCGCAGGAGGCUGAACGAUGACCUUCUGGGAAAAGUCUGCAGCGUCAAGAAGGAGGACCAGCCCGCCUCCUGGUUCCUGGCGCUGGUGGUGUCUCCCAGCUGCAACGACGAGUUGGUGGUGAAGAAGGAUCAAUGUCUGGUCAGGUCCUUCAGCGACUCCAAGUUCUGCACGGUUUCCAGGAGGAACGUGCACCCCCUCAACUCCAUCAGCAUCAACAAGUCGGAGCUCUCCAACACACGCGGCUUUGAAGCGGCUCAGAUAUUUGCGAGGCGCAGGGAGGUGCCAGAGGUUUGGAAGAUGGACAUGAGUCAGAUCUUGGACUCGUCCACCAGCGACGACGACGAUGGCGGCGGCGGCGGCAACGGGGAGGAGAAAGAGAGCGAGGACGACGACAUGGAUGAAGAGGAGAAGAGGAAAAAGCUGCUCAAGGAGGAGCCCGAGGAGGAGCCGGACCCGGAGGAGCGCGAUCACUUCCUGCAGCAGCUUUACAAGUUCAUGGAGGACCGAGGGACGCCCAUCAACAAGCCUCCAGUGUUGGGCUACAAGGACUUGAACCUGUUCAAGCUCUUCCGCUUGGUGUUCCAACACGGCGGCUGUCGCAAGAUUGAGAGCGGCACAGUGUGGAAGCAGAUCUACAUGGAUCUGGGCAUCCCCAUCCUCAACUCGGCGGCGUCGUACAACGUGAAGACGGCGUACAAGAAGUACCUUUUCGGCUUCGAGGAGUACUGCCGCUCCGCCUGCAUCACCUUCAGGACCAUCCACCCCUGGCCCGCGCAGGGUAGGAGGCGAGGCGGCACGGCGGCGACCAAGGCGGAGCCGCCCAACAAGGGAGGAAGCGACAACGGCGACGAGCCCAGGGACGCGCGACGGCGCAGCAGCCGACGUCUGGACGGGUCCGACAGGGGCUCUGAGGACGACGAUGACGACGGCGACGACGAGGGGGAUGAGGAGGAGCAGGAUGAAGAUGACGAGGAGGAAGAGGAGGAGGAGGAGGAAGACGAUGACGACGAGCGGGAGAGGCGACUGGGAGCCAGGAGCGAGGACGAGGGCGAUGGCGAUGCCCUGACCGGGACCAAGGUGAGAGUGAAGUACGGCCGAGGAAAGACGCAGAAGGUCUACGAGGCUCACAUCAAGAAGACGGAUAUCGACAACGGAGAGCACUUCUACCUGGUGCACUAUUACGGCUGGAACGUCAGGUACGACGAAUGGGUGAAGGCCGACCGCAUCAUCUGGCCCGCCGAAAAAGGAACCCGGAAGAGAACCAGGAAGAAGGUGAAGAACAAAGAGGAGGCGGACAAGGACGAAGACAAGGUGCCGAUGGCGGGGCUGACGGCCACCCCUCCCCUGCCGCCGCCCAAGCCCAUGGCGGCCAAGCGAGGGCGCCCCCAGAUCCGUACCGCGGCCGCCAACGCGCCACCCGGCCGGAAGACGCCGAGCGGCGAGGGGCGGCCCAACGGGAAGAGCUCCCGAACGGAGACGCCGCCCAACAUGGCCAACGGCGACAACGCGCCACGCAUCAGGAGGACCAGAAGGACGUCCGGGAUGUACGACUCGGACCGCGCCUCAAACGAGGAUUCUGGGAACUCGACGGUUGACAGCGAAUCAGAAGAGCCGCCUGACAAGAAGCUGUCACCCUGGCGGGGGAGGCCCGAGAAGGAGGAGACCGGGGACCAGGGGGAGAGCGGCGCGCCUGAAGUCAAGCGGGGGGAGCCGAGCGAGGCGGCCGACGCCGCUCAGGUCGCGAGUCCCUCCGAAGGCGAGGGGGACGCCGCAGAGGAAGCUCUCAAAGUGAAGGACGAGCUGACGGAUGAGCGGGCAAUCGUCGCCGAGAUGGAGAAAGUGUGCCCCGCCUCUUCCCCGGGCGCGGCAUCCGAUCAGCACGCCGAGCCGCGGGACGACGCUCCUCCUGCGCCGUCGGAAAACCUCAAGACGCCGCCUUCGUCGCCGCCCGCGCUCAAAGUUCACCGCGGCGAACCUUUGCCGAAAAUCUCCAGCCCCCCCACCGCCACCGGUCCCGAGCCUCCUCCGCCCCCUCCUCCGCCGACUCCUCGAAGUCUCCUGAAAAGGCCGGAUGAACCGAUGGUGGUCCUCCACUGCCUCCCCGCACCGCGCCUCCACCUGGAACCUCCGGCGGUCGCGCCGUCGGACACCGACUCCGCCAGUGAGGAGGAAGAGGAAAAAGCGGAGCUGAAGCUCCACCCUGAAAGGAAGCAAGAAGAGGUUACGCCCGCCUCCCCAAAGUCUUCAGCGAGCCCCGCCAAGGUCGGUGCCGGCGUGUCGCCCAAGUCCCUCCCGUCCCCGCUGCGCGGCGCCGAGGCGGAACGGAGGAGCCACAGAGCAGUGAGGGCGGACGAGGUGCAAGGACGGGUCGACGAGGACUCCAAGGAACGGCCUGCGGAGGAGCCGGGGACUCCGCCCCAGGCCCAGGAGGCCCUCGGCCCCGUCCCCAGCGAGGAGCCGCAAAUGGGCGCCGAGGCAUUACUUUGCUACGAGGUAGACCUGGACGACCCCGAUGACAAGGACAAGCCCACCUCUUCCUCGGAGCCCCUCCUCCUCCUCGCCAGGGUGCAACCCCCCCGGUCGCCGCCGUCGCCACACAGCCCCUUCCUCCUUGACGCCAGCCCCCCCUGUCCCGAGGAGCUCGGCCCGGCCCGUCUCAACCCCGAGACGGCGGCGGCAGGCGGAGAGAAGGAGGCCGACGCCCAGUCCGGUCCGGAUGUCGACGUGUCGCAGGAGGCCCGAGGUCAGAAGCGUCUGUCGCAGUGUCAGGUGAGCCCCGCCUCCAAGAAACAGAAACGCAACCACAAGCGCACCAGCGGAAGCGCCAAGAACGGCACAGGUCACAGCAGCGACAGCGAGGACCAGUCACGUCUUUCGUCUUUGCCAAAGUCCAACAAGUCUCGCUGUCCUGGCGCCGGGUCGCCGCACGCCAAAGAGAAACAUAGCGCCACCUCCCCGCAGCGCGCCAACAAGUGGACCUUCCAGCUCGACUCCCUGGACAGCAUGUCGAGCAGCGAGAGGAUCUCCUUCCUGCAGGAAAAACUGCAGGAGAUCAGGAAAUACUACAUGAGCCUCAAGUCCGAGGUGGCGUCCAUCGACAGACGCAGGAAGCGCUUAAAAAAGAAGGAGCGGGAAGUGUCCAACACCACGGCGUCCACGUCCUCGGGUUCCUCGGACGCGGCGAUGAGUCCGUCCUCUGCCUCGCCCGCUCAGAGCACCCUGGCCGUGGAGUGCAGCUCACCUGGGAUUUGUCUGAGCCCUUUUGGAGGGAGAGGUCACAGUUCAGGGGGAGGAGCCAAAGCAGCUGCUUAUGCAAAUGAUUUCUUUGACGCAAGAUUUUGAAGUCCAGUAAAAAAAAAAAAUGUUUUUUUUUGUAACUUUUUCUAUAAAAUUAAAGCUUCUAUUUUAGUAAGAAAAAAAGGAAAACGUUGGAUAAAUAAAGGUGUUUUGUUUUUGUGUUGCGUUGCAGUGAGGAAGUUUUGAGUUAAAAAUGAGGACUUUGAUUGCAUUUAUUUCUGACCGAUGACAAAAAAAAAAAAAAAACCUCUUCCUCGCUUCAACUUGACAGAUAUUUUGUGGCCCGCUCGCUUCUUCUCGUUUCCGCUCCACUUGCCAUUUCCUGUUUUGCUCGUGGACUUUUGUGUACAUAAGAUGAAAAGUGAAAAUGUAAAGAAUGAUUUAUAAUAUUUUUAAGAGAAGACUUUGUACGCUUCUGUCAGCUGCCAAGAAAACACUUCCUGGAUGCAGCACCGCCCAUUUCCAAUAAAGUUCUUAAAUAUCAA